AUGUCUUGCAUAUCUCUGGACGGUCUCCGCACGUUGUCAGAUGCAGCUAACAACAACACCAACAGACAGUGGGAAUCACUCCCAGCAGAGGACCACAAGGUCAGCGGCUUGCGUGGCAAAGGCCAAAAGAGCGGUGAAUAUUUGCACGUCCCAGAAGAACAGACCAAAUCCACUGCGGGAUAUGCGACGGAGGCGGGAAUUAGACUAAUGGUGCGGCACUUGUACCAGACCGGACUACUGCUUGGGCUCGGCAAGCUCCAGCCAGCUCAGAGGGAGAGCCGGGCCGAGCCAGGAUGA